GUGCCCGCUGAGGGGAGGAGGCGGAGGAGCUGCACGGCCAGAGCGGGAAAGAGACUCGCCUCAGUGUCGGAGUUGUGGCGCUGCGGCAGCUCGGCUCCUGGAGCUGUGAAGAGACGGGGCGUCUGCUGUCCCAUCAGGUUCCCCUAAGAGCGACCCGCGCGAUCGGAAAGAGGGUGAAGAUGGAGGGGGAGGGCGGCGGCAGCGGCGGCAGCGGUGGCGCGGGCACCAGCGGGGACAGCGGCGACGGCGGCGAGCAGCUCCUUACUGUCAAGCACGAGCUGCGGACCGCCAACUUAACAGGACACGCAGAGAAGGUGGGGAUUGAAAACUUUGAGCUGCUGAAGGUCCUAGGAACUGGAGCUUAUGGGAAAGUAUUUCUAGUUCGUAAAAUAAGCGGCCAUGAUGCUGGAAAGCUGUAUGCUAUGAAGGUUUUAAAAAAGGCAACCAUAGUUCAGAAGGCUAAAACUACAGAGCAUACAAGGACAGAACGACAGGUUCUGGAGCACAUUAGACAGUCACCAUUUUUGGUGACAUUGCACUAUGCUUUCCAGACAGAGACCAAGCUUCAUCUCAUCUUAGAUUAUAUAAAUGGUGGAGAACUUUUUACUCAUCUUUCUCAAAGAGAGCGUUUCACAGAGCACGAAGUGCAGAUCUAUGUUGGAGAGAUUGUGCUCGCCCUGGAACACCUGCACAAGUUGGGGAUUAUAUACCGUGACAUUAAGCUUGAAAAUAUUCUCCUUGAUUCUAACGGCCAUGUGGUGCUGACAGAUUUUGGUCUGAGUAAGGAGUUUGUGGCUGAUGAAACUGAAAGAGCAUAUUCUUUUUGUGGAACUAUUGAAUACAUGGCUCCAGAUAUUGUCAGAGGGGGUGAUUCGGGACAUGACAAGGCAGUUGACUGGUGGAGCUUAGGUGUUCUAAUGUAUGAGCUACUAACUGGAGCAUCUCCUUUCACUGUUGAUGGAGAAAAAAAUUCCCAGGCUGAGAUAUCUAGAAGAAUCUUAAAAAGUGAGCCUCCGUAUCCCCAGGAAAUGAGCACAGUAGCUAAAGACCUACUUCAGCGUCUUUUGAUGAAAGAUCCCAAGAAGCGAUUGGGAUGUGGCCCACGGGAUGCAGAAGAAAUCAAAGAACAUCUCUUCUUUGAGAAGGUAAAUUGGGAUGACUUAGCUGCCAAAAAAGUGCCUGCGCCAUUCAAGCCAGCGAUCCGGGAUGAGUUAGAUGUGAGUAACUUCGCUGAAGAGUUCACAGAAAUGGACCCCACCUACUCUCCUGCUGCCCUGCCACAGAGCUCCGAGCGACUGUUUCAGGGCUAUUCCUUCGUUGCUCCAUCUAUUCUCUUCAAGCGUAACGCAGCUGUCAUAGAUCCUCUUCAGUUCCAUAUGGGAGUUGACCGUCCUGGAGUGACAAAUGUCGCCAGGAGCGCAAUGAUGAAGGACUCACCAUUCUAUCAACACUAUGACCUAGAUCUGAAAGACAAACCUUUGGGAGAAGGAAGUUUUUCAAUUUGUCGAAAGUGUGUACACAAAAAAUCUAACCAAGCAUUUGCUGUCAAAAUAAUCAGCAAAAGGAUGGAAGCCAAUACUCAGAAAGAAAUAACAGCUCUGAAACUCUGCGAAGGACACCCCAAUAUUGUGAAACUACAUGAAGUUUUUCACGAUCAGGUGGUAGCGUCUGCUCAGCCUCCAGGACAGGUCGUUCUAUGCUCUCUUCUACUCUUAGCUCUGCUUUUCAACAGAAGUCUCACACGGGAGCCUGUCACUUGGACAUGGCUGGUCCAUAGCACCUCUCGGCUCCCUCCAUUGCCACCUCCCAUUCCUGAAAUUGUGCUAUUUAUUCUUUUCUCUGACACUGGACAGCUUCAUACAUUUCUUGUGAUGGAACUUCUGAAUGGCGGAGAGCUGUUCGAACGCAUCAAGAGAAAGAAGCACUUCAGCGAGACUGAGGCCAGCUACAUCAUGCGGAAGCUUGUGUCUGCUGUGAGCCACAUGCACGAUGUUGGAGUGGUGCACAGGGAUCUGAAGCCUGAGAACCUGUUGUUCACUGAUGAGAACGACAAUUUGGAAAUUAAAGUGAUUGACUUUGGGUUUGCACGCCUCAAGCCACCUGACAAUCAGCCCCUCAGGACCCCGUGCUUCACCCUCCACUACGCAGCUCCAGAGCUCUUGACGCACAACGGCUAUGAUGAGUCCUGUGACCUGUGGAGCCUGGGUGUCAUCUUGUAUACAAUGCUAUCAGGGCAGGUGCCAUUCCAGUCUCAUGACAGAAGUUUAACAUGCACCAGUGCAGUAGAAAUCAUGAAGAAAAUUAAAAAGGGAGAUUUCUCCUUUGAAGGAGAAGCGUGGAAGAAUGUAUCCCAAGAGGCUAAAGAUUUGAUUCAAGGGCUUCUUACAGUUGAUCCAAAUAAAAGGCUGAAAAUGUCUGGUUUGAGAUACAAUGAGUGGCUUCAGGAUGGCAGUCAGCUAUCCUCCAAUCCUCUGAUGACUCCAGACAUUCUGGGAUCGUCGGGAGCAGCUGUGCACACCUGUGUGAAAGCAACCUUUCAUGCCUUUAACAAAUAUAAGAGAGAAGGGUUUUGUCUGCAGAAUGUGGAUAAGGCCCCUUUGGCUAAGAGGAGGAAAAUGAAGAGGACCAGCACCAGCACAGAGACGCGCAGCAGCUCCAGUGAGAGCUCCCGCUCCUCCUCCUCCCAUUCCCACGGCAAGACAACGCCUACCAAGCCGCUGCAGCCCAGCAAUCCCACCGAAGGCAGUAACCCAGACACCCUCUUCCAGUUCUCAGAUUGAGAGCUGCAGAGUGGUAGUCUGUCCUCGCUGACCCUUGCACCUCAGCUCCCUCAGCAUGUGCCUAAGGUAUGUUCUGUGCUUUAAAAGACGUGUCUUGCUGUUCUCAUUGGAAUCUGCCUCGUGACGAAUAUUUUUCGGGGAAGCCUAUUUGGUUAUCCUUGUCCAAAAGCACUGGACAGACAGCAUUACUGUGAAUAGAGGACACAUGAGAGAUACUUUUUAGCAGACUAACAUGAUGCCAGCUCGAGAUUCUUCUUGAAACAGCAAAGGUUUCUGUAACUUUAGUGACUGGUUAGCUAAGUCACAGAUUUUCACCAAGGUGUUUUCACCAAGACGACUGCCAAGAAGACUUGAAGACUUCUGCCAUGCCUGGUGGACAAGGAAAAUUUUUAAGAGACUUGCACCUUUUGGGUAGUAAUUUACCAGAGACAAAGGUCUGUUUUCAAAAAAAGAUGCUAUAAUGAAUUUUAUGUGUGGCUUGUUUCUUAAAAGAGAAUUUAACUUAUUGUUUUAUUUUAUGGUCAUAUAUGCUGAUAAUCUGCUAUUAUUAAUUGUUUUCUAAAAAGUGAAAUAAGUAUUUAAGAACUUAAGGUCCUAUGCUUUGCACCUGGGACCCAUCCGAGAUGCAUGUUAAGCUGUGUUUGUUUUUAAUUUUACACUGCUCUUUCCUGGCAGUUUGUUCUAAUGGUUAUUGCAGGAAUUAAGGUACAUGUCUCUUGGUUUUAUGUAAUAUGGCACUUUACAAAAUAGUAUGAGUAUUGCAGUCUGUCUUAGAAGGUGCACUGUGUCACGCAUAGGUACUGUAUUUUACCAUUCUUCUUCUUAUUGACUUUAAUUUGUCCUCACAUCUCUCUUCUGCUUUCUAUGCAGCAAGUAGAAAGGGACGUGUUGUCUAAUGACUCAUUCGCCACUUAUGCACGCAUCUGAGAGGAAGUAAAGGGAAUUCUACUCAACACUGUGCUUCACAUCUGUACACUGUGUUGCCCUACAGCGAGCCAGCUCCUCCUGUAGGCAGAUAUUAUGUACAUAAUAUUUUAGAACCAUAACCUAUACUUGUUUUGAAAUGUUUCUGUUAAAUUUUAAAUCCACAGAGCAUUUUAUAAACUUAUGCAGAACACUUUUAUUGCUCAAAAGUUCUGAAUUCAUACAGACAACAAGUGCUAUGCCGUGAAGAUAUUUCAUUGAAAGACUGCUGCAUUUUAAAGUACAAACUAAUUAAUUCCCUAUGCAAAAAAAGGAAGUCAUAGGAUUUGUAUAUUUUUUUCUUUAAAGCCAUUACAUGGAAUGUCAGGACAGAGAAAAAUGAUCUUCACUAUGUUUACAAGAACUGUGCUUAAAAGGAUACUGUCUAACCUGUUUAUUUGACAGUUAUGUUGAUGAUAACCUCGUUGGCAUUAGUUUGAAAUUUGGACACGACACCUAUUUAUCUCUUUCUUAAGGUAAUAGCAGCAUUAAUUUCAAUCUGUGAUGAAUACUAAAAAUCACUGCAUUCUGUGUAAUGGUAACAUAUUUAUUACUAAGUCAAUGUACAUAUUAAUAGUAUAGGCAACAAAAUGGCAAAUAUUAAAAUAUUUUCAAAAUAUUAUAUUAUCCUGUUCACUUUUUGUUCACAGUAAUUACUGGGGAUAUUUUUUGAUACUCUGACUGGCCAAAUGGCUAUAUAAUUCUCAUUGAGUCAAUAAAAGUUUUAUACUCCUAGCUUUCGGUCAUUUCUAGUAAUGAUAGGAAACUGUGUGAAUUACUAAUAAAAUGUAGCUGUUUCACAAAAAUGUGAUGCCCUUGGGCAGAGGUUUUUAAUAAGAAUAUGUCCACUUAUUUUUACACUGGGUAUAUCUAGGUUAUAUUUGGAAAUGUAUAAGUUAGUUCUUGAAGUUAUUUGUAAAUGUGUAUCCUGUAGGAGAUGUGAGUUACAAAGUGCAAACUAAGGAGAAAGUAUCCAGAAAAGGGGUUCAAUUCCCUCAUGAUUGAUUAGCUCAUUGUGAAUAUUGGAAAUUGAUGGGUUCUUCAUUUCUUCACCUGGUAUCUUCUGGAGGAUUCGAUAGUCACUGAAACAGGCAAAAGAUAGAGUAAGAAGAGGAAGCUUGCUGUCUGUGAACUGGUAAGCCUAAUUGAAUCUUCUACAGGAAGCUUGUGAAAAGACUCAGGAAACUUCAGUAAGAUGCUGUCCCUGUCACCCGUGUAGAAGUGCUUGAAAGGCAGUACCGAAUGAUUCCUUGCAGAUUCUGCUAGUGGACAGCAAAGUUCCUUUAGAAACCACAGAACUUCCAGUUGGUCACAUCAAAAUGAAACACUAAAAAUGCUACAUACAAAAAUACUAAGUGAGGGGCUGGAGAGAUGGCAGCAGUUAAGAACAGUCACUGUUCUUGGCAGAAGGAUGUGAGUUCCGUUCCCAGCAUCCAUGUCACAUAGCUCUCAACAAGCCUGGAGUUCCAGCUCCAGAGCAUCCCAUGCGUCUUCCUGUGCACAGAAAUAUUAAGUGAAAUGACUUUUGAUUUUAGGAGUAAAAUAGAAGUAGGUCAGAGAAAAAUAAAUCUCUGCUUUAAUUCCUUUUUUGGCAAUGGUUUUGGCUUUAGAGUCAAAUUAUCCUACCAGUCUUUAUUAAUUACAUUGUAUGUAAUUUAUGCCACUGUAUAUCCCGAGUCACACAUGGUGUAAUUGUGUAUGUCUAAUACAUUGAAAAGCAAGGAUAUGAGAGGGGAACAAAACUAAAGUAGAGGGCUUUCUUGUAAUAACUAUGCCAGAUCCUGUUGCUGAAUGAACUAAUUUAGCUCUCUUUAAAUCCAUCGGGGUUCUUCCAAACCUCUAUAAAAACCAUUUAACUAUUGGAAUGAAGUGAAUUUCAACACCAUUAUCUGUCUUGAAGUUGCAGACUCAUUUGUGCAUGAAAACUGCCUUUAUUUUUUGAGAUUAACUGCUAAUUAAGUAAUUAUGCAAAUGGCUGUAUUUUAAAUGUAAGGUGGUUAUUUUGAAGAAUUCUACUAGGGUAACA